AUGCCCAUAGCAGGUGAAUUAUGUGAGAGUACAUUUGGUUGGACAGCAGUCUAUCACAUAUUUGGAAGUGUUUCAAUUUUCUUCUUUAUUUUAUUUUGCUUAUUUUUUCGAGAUUCUCCUAAUGAACAUUUUUUAACAACCGAAUUGGAAAGACGAUUAAUCGGAGAUGGCAAAAAACAAAUUUUUGAAGCAGACAAGAACAGCGGAAAUGUUCCUUAUUUAAGAAUGUUGACAGAUAUUGUUGUCUGGGGCAUUUUAAUUUCCAACCUUGGAGCCACUUUUGGCAAUCAAAUUUUCAAUCAACUUGGUCCUCAAUAUUUAAGUAAAGCGUUAGGAAUGCACCCAAAAAAUGCUGGAUUUGCUGCAGCCCUUCCCUUUUUACUUGCUGCAGCAAUAAAAAUGAUGGCUGGGCCUAUUAGCGAUAAAAUUGGUAAACGACUUUCUGAGAGAACGAGAGUUAUAUUGUUUACAAGUAUAUCACAGUAUUUCAUGGCUCUACUUUUCACCGCACUAGUUUUGCUUCCCAAAGACCAAACUAUAGCAAUUCAAGCUUGUUACACUGCUGUAGCAGCGUUUUCAGGCCUAUGGCAAAUUGGGGCAGUAAAAUGCGCCCAGCUUAGUAUUCGCCAAUUUUCUGCUUCCAUAUUCUCAUGGAAUACUUUUGUUAGUUACGCAAUAGUUUUAGUUUUGCCAGAAGUUUCAAGCAGACUAGCACCUAAUAAAACGGCAGAGGAGUGGAAUAGGAUAUUUAUUGGAAUAGCUGUUAGUCAAGUGAUUUGCACAACUUUCUUCAAUUUUACUGCUCGGGUAGAGCCGAGGCCGUGGACGAUGGAUGAGGAUAUAUCAGAAGAAAGAAUAAAUAAAAAUAAUUUAAAUGAGAUAACUAACAGCUAA